UAUUCAACUACACACAGCACUGUGGAUUGAACAGACACCAUAUUUGUCAAUUUUUCUUUCAAGCCACUAGCCUGACCCUGUAAUAGCAUUCCAAGUAUUAACAAAGCAAGAUGAUGCAUUUUGUCCAAUCGUGGCUAGAAAUUACUUCCAAAUGAUUCACCGUUAAGAUUUUGUUGCAGCGAAAUCAGACACAAAAUUCACCAAAAAUUAUUCUUAUACCAAAAUGAUGAUGUAGGAGAAAGAAGAAAGAAAUAAGCCAAUGCAUUCAGUGUGAAGGUUCAGAUCAAGCCAGGCAAACUGAGAAAACUUUACCUGGGAAAAGGAAUUGCUCCAGUUGAAUUUCACCUGGGUCAGCCUCUACAAAAAUCAAUAGUUUGUCACUAGAGCAACCUAUAGAAAUAGAUGUCAUCCUCAUAGGAGAAUCAGUACAGAAUCAUACAUAUCUUGGAAGACAAUAUGAAUGAUAAAAAAGUAUUUAAACCCCCAAAAAAUGAUGGUUGCACAAUGUGUGUCUCAAAAAAUGCAAAUGAGUUUGUUUACUUGAACACUGUAGCUAGUGAAAUAGCUGGAAAAGCAGCCAAAUACUGCAGCAAACAAGUGUAUUCCAAACCAACAAGUCUAGUCAGUAAUCAUACAGACAACUGUUGCCUUAAUGCUGAAGUUUCUAGUCACACCGCUGAAGAUGCCAAGGCGUAUGAACAGAGUAGCCUCAAUAAACUUCUGACUGAGAAUACCCAGUCCAGUUAUCAGGCCAACAUUCCCACAGAAAAUCAGCAUAAUGUUGUAGCAGAUACCUCUCAGAUCUGUGACACUAACUUUGAGCUUUAUCCAGGUAAAACUCUAAUCACAGCUGAUGAGUUUUCUAAUGACCUUGAGUUCCUGGAAUGUUCUGAUGUGAAGACAGACCUUGUAAAUGAAAUUUGGGGAAAGAAAUUACAAUUUUUAUUAGAAAGUGAUGAUGAAGAUGAUAUGAAGUUGGGCAAAGAUUGUGAUGGGUGUGAUUAUUUCCUCAGAGGAAUGCCUUGCCUGUUUCAAGUGUCAGAUAACACUGUGCCUAUGGAUACCACCAUUGGCUUCUGUGGUCAUCACUCAAAAUCCAAAGAAGAAGCUGUAAGAAGAGAUCUCUCCACAAACAGUCAGUCAACCUUGCAAACAGGAAUGACUCUUACUGUUGGGCACCAUCAAGAUAAAACCACUACAAUGAAAAACAAGGAAAAGUAUAAAUUGCCCAUCGCUUCUACAGUGAUUGAAAACGAUUAUCCUAGACUUGAAGAAAACAGCGCAAGUAACCACUCGGUGGCAGAUUUCCCUCUUGACAAAUCAUCACAGAACAUGGAUGGCGUACUUGCAGAAGUCGAUUGUGGCUUAGAUAGUUUUCUAACAAAUCAAGCCUCGGAGACAAUGAUAGUAAAUAGUAUGUCAAAUCAGAGUUCACAGCAGUUUAAUGGGAUAAGGAGAAAACUGGCAGAAGAAAAAUCUAAAGAUGCUGUUGUCAAUUUGAUAGAGAGGCUUAGAAGAGACCUUUUAAAUCUAUUAGACCCCAAAGAACUUUGGAAACCUUUAAGAAACACAAGAGACUCUGUUCAAACGGGAACAAAUGUAAUGGAUACCAGUGCACUGUUUCAUGGUCCAGGAGGUGCCAUUUCAACACAAAUGCACCAGGUGACAGAAAGCUUUCUAAUCCAAGCUGGUUUAUGUCAUAGACAAGAGACGGAUAAAACCUGUCAUUGGGAAAGGAAAUGGACUAGUGGCCUGUCUGAGAAAAAUCAGCUGCCAAAUGAAAGUGUGUCACCCAGGAUAAAUAAACAAGAAACAAACACGGAAAGCUUCAUUUUCACAACUUCUCCAAUAAGGGACAUCGCAACAACCAGACUUCCAGUCCUGGAAAUGAUCAGCAGUGAACAUGGAUUACAAGCAGAACAUGUGACUUUACAAAGCUGCACUGCUCACGAUGUGCUCCAUGAUCAGAAAGAGAGAAAUCAGCAACCACCAUGCUGGGAACAAAGAGUUAAUAUUACAAAGCUAAGUGACGGACAAGGGGACAGAGAAAAAACGCGUGGUGCUCAUGAAAAGAGUGGUACAGAUACCAUCUGUGAUGAGCCUCAGUGCGGAAUCUCUGAUUCAUCUUCAGCCCAUGACAAGCUACUGAAAGCUCUUUCUGAAGAGGAUUCAGAAUGUCACCUCACCUGUGAAAAUAGGGAGCUCAAAAGCUUAGAAAUCAGUCCUGGUGUGGUCAAAGCCACAGUACUGACUUUUAAGGCAGAGGCCUGUACUGAAUAUCCUGUGGCGGUGAAUAUAACAGAAGACAAUGAAUCUGUGUCAACACCAGCAACUGAACUAAAAACAGCAAUGGAGAGUUGCAGUGAUUCUGGCAGCCUAUUAAAAACAGAUGAAGCAUAUAAUGGUACAUCCAUAAGAGACACUGCUGUCAGACAAACUCUAGAAACAGGUGGCAUGUACCCAUGCUCUAGCACUGGAAAUAAAAUAGAAGAACCAUCCACUCCUAUUUUAAAAAAUGAUAUCUUAAAAGCUGAGGAGAGGCUGGAACAGAAGCCAAACAAACCAUUAACUGAUGAUAACGGAGCUAUUCAAAUGACUACUGCCCAGGGAGGAAAGCUUGCUUCUAAUAAUUCUUCUGAAUCUCAUAAUGCAGAAUCUCCUCUCAGAUUAAAAAAGGCUCAAAAUAGUCAUUUAGAACAAGACCAAGAACACUUAACUUACAUACCAGAUAGCUAUAUUGGUCAAUUACCUUAUACAAAACAGAAUAUGAGAAUAAAAGAUCAGAUCAUUAAAUGUGGAGAUGAACUCCCUACUAAAGACUCUCAUGUUAUACACAGCUACCCAGAUUCUAUUUAUCUCCACGAUCUUGUGCAAAAAGUGGAUUUAUCCAGUAAUUCUUCCUGUGAAAAUAUCAAUCACUUUACAGGUAAAAAGUACUUUUCUGCUGAAGAAGUUAGUAAAAGUUCUGAAGAGAAUUUUCGGGGAAAAGGAAAUGAGUCAGAUCUAAAUGCACAAAAUGACAGUAACUGUAGCACUUACUAUCUUACAUUAUCUCUUACAAAAGAUAACAAUAGUAAAGAUUUCCAUUGUGUAUCUGAUGCACAGGACUGCAGUUACAUUAGACAGCUAAAUAAUUUAAUUAGGAGCCCUGAAACUGUAAUAUAUGAAGACAGACUGAAAAAUCCAGAUCAAAACAACAAUAGGGCAGAGAUAGAUAUGCAGCAGGUAGGGGUCAACUCAUUGUCUGAGGAGCAGUUUUUAACGGAAAUGUUGUUAGGAAAUCCCAGAGAUAAAGAAAACACAAUGGGUAGAGAAAAGAGAGAUGUUGGAAUAGAUGAGGGACAAAAUAUUACAACUUUAAGUGUCCCAGAAUUGGACAGUAUUUCAGAAAUUCAGCCUCUAAAUUCUCAGCAGGGAGCAUCAGAAGGAAACACAAUUAUCCUUGACCAUGGCUGCAAGAUUGUGAGAAAGUUAAGAAUGGAUUCUUCAGCAGGCUCCACUUAUGAAUCUGUGUCUGUAGCACCAGCUAGCAUCUUUCAGCCUGUAACUAGUGUUGGGAAUGGAAAUAAUAGUACUGCAAGUCAAGACUGUGGAGAUGUUGCUGACAAGGUGGCUAGUUCCAUCCUUUGCACCCAACAAAAAAAAUUACAAGAAACUUUAACUGUCUCUAUAGAACCCAUGAGCCAAACAGAAGGAUCUACUAUUAAUGCACUGGUAAAGGGAUACUCAAGCGUAGAAAGCCUAGUGCCGUCUGAAUCCUUGCAAAUGGUUAUUAAGGGAAAUGAACAUUUGAACCAGCUGGAAAGAACAACUGAACUAUUGCAGGGCCAAUGUCAUACAACAGUCAAAGAAAACAAGGAUGAAACAAUCUUGUAUGGAAGGAAAACAGAACAAAUUCAAGAAGCCGUUGAAUAUAGCCUAGAUGAAGGUGAAGUGGAGCCUUAUAUGCGUGCUUUGAUUACUCCAGAGGAAGAGGAACAUAUUAUCAGUUAUAAUAGUGGACAGUCUGAUCCACCCCUGCCUCCUUCUGAUCAGCAAACUGGAACACCCUGUCAUGCAUAUGGGAAUGAAAAUACAAUUAAUGCCACUGAACAUCACAAAACCAAACAAUUCAAAGGUGAUGGGAGUCGAAACAGGAUUUCAUCAGAUGCUGUAACAGAAAACUUAGUUAGUAUCCCAAGAUAUGCCUCAGAGAAUAGCCAACAUUUUCAAGAGGAGCUGCCAGAGAGCAAAUCUCAGCAAUUCUCUUUAGCAUCGACCAAAGCUGAUCCAUUCACAGCAAGAGAAGUGGAGACAAAAACUCAAGAGGCACAAAAACCCUGCAAGCCCUUACUUGUCAAGCCUGAGUAUGGUAAGUGUCAGCAAGAAACAGAAAACAGUGAACAUUCCACUGAUGGGGAUAAGAAGAAAAUGUUGUCAAAGGUGCUGUCUAAGAAACCUCAUCUAGAAGCCAAGGAAAACCCACUCAGCAAGAACUCCAAUUGCACUAAAAAGGCCUGGAAAGCCAAUGCAGGCAUAAUUCACAGGGAAGAGCAAAGAAAACUACCUGCUAAAAAAUACAGCAAAGCCCCCACGCUACUGAAGAAAAUCCAUGCCGAGCUGUUCUCUGAUUGUUCUGGAAAUAUUAAAUUAUGCUGUCAGUUUGGGGAAAUUCAUGAAGACUCCAUCAUUACAUGGACUAAAAAUUCAAAGUUAAUAGCUCGAGUGUAUAAAAGUGCAGGGGAUGAUUCGCCAGUGUCUUUAGCAAUAGUUCAAACUAGUAUAAAAGACCACGGAUUUUAUUAUUGCUGCUUGAAGAAUAUUUAUGGAAAAGUGACUGCUGAAUUUAACCUGACCUCGGAAGUAGUGAAACAUCUUUCAAGUUACCAGGAUAUCGAAGGUUUGGAAGAGAUUGAGUUCAUUCAGCUCAUAUUCAGAGAAGACUUCAUCACUGAUAGCUAUUUUGGUGGCAACCUGCAUGGAAGAAUAGCAACAGAAGAGUUACACUUUGGCGAAGGAGUGCACCGGAAAGCAUUUCGAAGUAAAGUGAUGCAAGGCCUUGUGCCUAUCUUCAGCCCUGGUCAUCCCUGUGUUCUUAAAGUGCACACUGCUAUUUCAUACGGGACCAAAACCAAAGAUGAACUUGUUCAGAAGAACUACAAACUAGCAAUGCAGGAAUGCUAUGUUCAAAAUACUGCAAGAGAGUACGCCAAGAUAUAUGCAGCAGAAGCAAAGGCUCUGGAAGGCUUUGGAGAAGUGCCUGAGAUAAUUCCUAUUUUCCUUGUGCAUCGUCCUGAGAAUAAUAUCCCUUAUGCAACCGUGGAAGAGGAACUGAUUGGAGAAUUUGUGAAGUAUUCUGUCCGGGAUGGCAAGGAAAUCAAUUUCAAGAGAAGAGACUCAGAAGCUGGUCAGAAAUGUUGCACCUUUCAGCACUGGCUAUAUGAGAAGACCAACGGAAACUUGCUUGUUACAGAUUUCCAAGGUGUAGGAAUGAAGUUAACUGACGUUGGCAUAGCAACGUUGGCCAAAGGAUACAAAGGGUUUAAAGGCAACUGUGCCAUUUCCUUCAUUGACCAGUUUAAAGCUCUCCACCAGUGCAAUAAGUAUUGCGAGAUGUUGGGGCUGAAAUCCCUCCCAGGCCAGCGUCAAAAGCAGAGGAAACCAACAGCCGUGAAAAGCAAAGUCCCUCCCAACUCACCUCAUGUGCAGAACGGAGCGGGCAUCACCCAGGCCACCAAGACAACAUAGGCUUCCUGUCUUCCAAGCACCGGUAACACUGCACCACUUAGCACGAGCUCCGCUCCAGAAGUGCACAGGUACUGAAUGACAUGACUGCGGAGUUAGCUGGCGCCUUCUGCAGUGUGCCAUAGUUUUGAAGCCAGUGCUUUGGUAACAGCCACAAGGGAACCAGCUGUCUCUGUGGCUAAGCAAGCUACAAUCAAGAAACAAUGUUCAAAGCCAAACAAAGCUCUAUCAGUGUCUCACUUGACUUUCAAGCAUUUUUACAUAUGUCACCGUGUCUGUGUGUAUCUGUGUAUUUGCACAUCUUGUGUCUUGAUCUUUGUGCAGCAGAUGGGUCACUACUGGAACAUUUCUGUCCUCCCAUCACAACUCCAAGAUCCUUCCACCAGUGAUACUGUGGCAGUCAGCAAUUAUUUAAGCCGUCACUUACUAAAGUUUUUGGACUAGAACUGAAUACUGACAAUGGGGUCAAGGAUGUACGGGAAUGAUGGCUUUAUUUCCUAACUCUUUGCACAGUUAUAAUCCUUACUAGACUCAGAGUCCUUGUAUUUUUCCAAUUAAAUUCCUUUUAAAACAAGAGUAAGCCACAUGGUUAUUUGGAUCAUU